AUGAGUUCACAGCCAUCAACCCUGAUCAUCGGGGCUGGAGUCUUCGGUGUCUCCACUGCCUUCCACUUGGUCAAGAAGUACCCCGAAGCACAUGUACAACUCAUUGACCGGACGCACUACCCUUGCCCUCUUGCCGCAUAUUGGGACUGGAACAAAGUCAUCCGUGCGGACUACGGCGACAUCUUCUACAUGGAAAAGGCGUUGGAAGCCAUACAGUACUGGCGACAUGAUCCACUCUUCAGCCAGUUCUACCACCAGAGCGGUUUGAUCAAUAUCGACAAUACCGAACUGGGGAAAGAGAUGUUGCAAAACUAUGAGAAGCUUGGAGUUAAGGUUGAUGCGGAGAUGGCGAGCCCGGAGCAUUUCAAGAAGAUGUACGGUUCUUUCUACGAUAACACCGAUUUCUCUGAAGUUGGUGAAGUGUUCGUCAACAGAGACAGCGGGUGGGCUGAAGCUACCAAGGCUUUAACUGCUUACACUGACGCCGCGAUUGAGGCAGGAGUCAAUUACACCGCAGCAGAUAUUGACGUGUUGACCUUUGGCAUUGAUGGCGAAUGUACUGGAGUUCUAACGAAAGGUGGUGAAAACAUCACAGCAGAUCGCAUCAUCCUCGCUACUGGUGCAGGCACCGCCAAAUUGAUCGCCGACAGUGCUCCGAGCAGAGGCGAGCUACAAGUCGACGGGCGCCUGGUCGCUGGAGCAGUAGUCACUGGCAUCGUCAACCUAGACCCAAAGAAGGGGCAGCAGUAUACCGAGAUUCCAGUCACAGUACAUUCUGUCUUACCAACACGAGGGGAAGUGAUGCCACUAACAGCGCCCUUAUCGGAUCAAGAUCCAUACACAGUCAAGUUCUGCAGAGACGAAGCCUAUAAGAACACCGUCAAACAUGAGGCUUCAGGACAAGAGUUCUCUUCCCCGCCGAACGAGCCCGGUCAAGCGCAGAGGCUGCCGAACGAAGCUCUUAAGCAGCGGCUUGAACUCGUCAAGAACGGUAUACUGGGUGAGCCUGGAAAGGACGUGAAAUUCGACCAGUAUCGUGUUUGCUGGGAUGCUGUGACACCAAGCCAAGACUUCAUUAUCACUCCACAUCCGCAUUCUCAGAAUCUGUAUCUUGCGACAGGCGGCUCUUUCCACGGAUGGAAGUUCAUGCCCACUAUCGGUCGCUACGUUGUGGAGAUGCUGGAUGGUACCCUAGACCCCUCUCUUGCCAAACGAUGGGCGUGGGACCGCGAGAGCGAAGGCGGCGCGCACGCCCAUCUACUGCCAACGCUUGAUUUACGAGAUCUAUGA